AUGUCUCUCCCUCCCGUCGUCCCAUGCGCUGACCCUCUCUCUUCCACCCCCCCUCUCUCCCACCGACCCCCUACCUCUAGUCCUCUCCCGCUUCAACCUCAAUCCGCCCUCGUCUCUCUCACCGCACCCAACAUGAAGGACCUUCCCACCUCCUCCACCCGAGCCGCGCGCUCAAGUGUCUAUUCCAAGAAACGUCCAUCUCCAAAUGGCAUCUCCAAGUCUCGCAGGCAAGGCUCCCCUCCAGUGUCUUCCCGCAAGUCUCCUCGCGCCGCACGCGUCGAGCUCAUGCUCCAGCGCCAGCGAGAACAGCAGCUCGCCGCUAUGCGGAGGGAUGGCGUUCUGCUCGAAGACGAAUAUCGCGAAGAAGUGCGGUACUACAUGCAUGAAAUGGAGCGCUACACGAUGGGUUCAACCACAUCCAUGGACCAGCAACCAGAAAUCACGUGGCGUAUGCGUCCUUGCCUGGUCGAAUUUCUGGUCGAGCUACACUUCACAUUUCGACUGCGCCCCGAGACGCUCUACCUCACGUUGAACAUUGUGGAUCGAUAUGUGUCCCGCCGCGUGGUCUACAUCAAACACUACCAGCUCGUCGGUUGUGCGGCGCUCUGGAUUGCUGCCAAAUUCGAGGACGCAAAGGAGCGUGUGCCCACUGUUCAAGAACUUGUUCAUUUCUGCCGCGAGGCCUAUGACGAGUCCGCCUUCAUCCAGAUGGAGGGGCAUGUUCUCGCCACCAUCCAAUGGACGUUGGGCCACCCAACAGCUGAAGCCUGGCUCCGGUUUAUGUGUUGUGUCCCGUAUAUGGAGGAACCACGCGUCCAGCAUGUCGCGCGCUUCUUGAUGGAGAUCACUCUGUUCUACCGAGAGUUUGUCAAGUACCCGCCGUCGUCGAUCGCCCGUGGCUCAUUGACACUCGCCCGGUAUCUCUGUGGCAAAGGAGGCUGGAUGUUUGAGGAAGAGACGAAGGAGUGCAUGGAGAUCGUCGAUUCUCUCGACAAUCGUCUCGCGAACCAUGUCGACGAUCUGUCGGAGAUUUUGGUGAAGAAAUACUCCUACGCAUUCUACGCCAAGGCGUCGACGUUCGUGGUGCAAUACUACCUGCAGGGAGGACGUUAUAUUCGUCCAUCCCUCCCCCUCCCCAUGACACCCGUUCGCUCCACCAUGACUGCUGCCAGUACUCCGAUGAGCGCCGCGACUAGCGUUUCCGAUCUUUCCGACGAUAUGCCUGCCACCCCGACUAGCCCGGGGUUCUCAAGCGAUCCCUUCUCCGGCUCGCUGAUGUCUGACGACGACAAGGAAAACCUAUCGUCCCCCAAGUUUGAGCCAGCGGUCAACAAGCAGCACUCAGAGAACCCUCCGGACCACUUCUUACCACACGACUUUGUUACGUUCGGUCGUCCCGCCCUACAUGCCCUCAAUGGCCCUUCCCCUCGUACGAUGGUGGCAUAG